GUUUGAAUUUUUUAAUAAUAAAAAGUUGAAUUGAAACAGUUGUUUGAUGUGAUAUAAACAUAUAUUUUGAAUGUAAAAUAAAUUUGUAAUAUAACAUUAAAAAUAAAUUAUUUGAUGUGAUAUUUUUUAAAUGAAAAAAUAAUCAAAAUACUCAAUAUUUGGGGGAGAACCCAACACAAAAGUCUUACUUACCAUCCCAUUAGCCAUGACUUAAUGUAAUGUGUUGACCUAUUUGCUGGUAUAAUUGUCCCAUUGAAUCAUAACGAAACGACUGUGAUAUUUUUUGGAAAGAAACAAAAUUCAAAAAAAAAUAAAUAUAAUAAGAUCGUUGAAUAGUAUCAAAAUUUAUGUAAGCAGUGAGUAUGAUUUAAAAUGCUACUUUUUGUAUAAUGAAAUUAUAAAAAUUAUCAUAAACCUACAAUGUUGUCACUUGUCAGUGACAACGAAAUCUAUUUAUUCUCAUUAUACCUUAUAUAUUGACUUUUAAUAAUAAUAGCAAUAAUAAUAAAAAUAAUAAUGAUUGGGAGAGGGUGAUUGGUGACGGAGAGGCUGAAUCGGUAAGCUGCCCUAUUACCGUUGUUUUGUUUGUUUGUACUACACUGCACUGCACCUUCACCUUCACCUUCACCUUUAACUAAUUAAGAAUAGGAAUCCAACCCCACUGGCUGCCCCAAAUUCCGAUGUACGAUUCCCCAAUAUCGUUUUGGCAGUACACACCCAGAAUCGACAAUCACCAUCCAUGGCCAUACCCACCCUCCUUGUCUCCAUCUCUCUCCUCUCUUCUCUUGUACGAUUCAAUUUCCUCUCUAAUCAUCUUCCUAUAUAGCAUUAGUACGAUUCAAACCAUGGCCCUAGAACUGAACUGCCAUGGCACGUUCCCUCUUGUCGACCACUUUCAUCCUCCUAUUAUUCCUCAUCGUCGCCUCCGGCGACUCGGAUUCCGAAUCAGGGCCGGCGAGGCCGAAUCUGAGGUCUAGGUCGCUGGUUCUGGUGAAAAUAUGGUGCCUAUUGUUGGUGUUUGUGGGGACUUUUGCGGGGGGGAUGUCUCCCUACUUCCUCAAGUGGAACGAAGGGUUUUUGAUAUUGGGGACGCAGUUCGCGGGAGGUGUGUUUCUAGGAACUGCGCUGAUGCAUUUUUUGAGCGAUUCGAAUGAGACUUUUGGGGAAUUGAGCAGUAGUGAGUACCCCUUUGCGUUCAUGCUUGCGAGCGCUGGCUAUCUGCUCACUAUGAUGGCUGAUUGUGUUGUUUCUUAUGUUUAUGGGAAACGUCGUGGGGAUCAUGGCUCCCGUUCAUCUUCUUCUGCUUCUAAUGAUGAUGUCGAGCUCGCAGAUCCCGACAACGGCGUCGUGCAAUCUCUAGAUUCAAACCUAAAGGAUGCAAACACCGACGCCAAAAACCAGCAGUUCACAAAAUCCUCCCUCGCAACAGCCACCUCGCUCGGGGACAGCAUCCUGCUGAUCGCGGCGCUGUGUUUUCAUUCGGUGUUCGAGGGAAUCGCCAUUGGGGUCGCCGAGACUCAGGCAGAUGCUUGGCGGGCGCUGUGGACGGUCUGCCUUCACAAAAUAUUUGCCGCCAUUGCCAUGGGAAUCGCACUCCUGCGGAUGAUCCCCGACCGGCCCCUCCUGUCCUGCACAGCCUAUGCUUUUGCAUUUGCAAUAUCGAGUCCAGUGGGCGUCGCCAUCGGCAUUGUGAUCGACGCGACAACGCAGGGCGAGAUUGCUGACUGGAUAUUUGCAGUGUCUAUGGGUCUGGCCUGUGGAGUUUUCGUCUAUGUGUCGAUCAAUCAUCUGCUCUCUAAGGGAUAUACGGCGAAGAUGAAGGUGGCAGUGGACACCGCCGGCCACCGUUUUCUUGCGGUGGCGCUGGGUGUCGUCGUCAUUGCAGUGGUCAUGAUGUGGGACACAUAGUAAACAAAAGCCUUUGUAGAAUGAACACUUAUAUAACUUGUUUUUGUGUUUUCAAAAUUUUUUUCCUCCCUUAGUAUAUACUUUGUAAAACAAACAAUUUUUUUGCUCUCUAAGUUCAAAAAGUAUCUUUUAACAAUAUA